GGCUGCGCAGAGAUCGGAUGCGAUCGGCCGUGCUCGUCCUUGCCGGGCGCGCCUCUGACCGAAACCGAACGCAGGCAGGCACGCACGAGACGAGACGAGGCGAGAAGAGCAGAGCGGAGAGCACUUCUCUCGAUCUCUCGCGGUGCGACUACAGAGGAAUGAAUAUCCUAGGAAAUAUCUCGGCGACCUUCUGGUCGCCAGACAUCUGGUUGCCUCCUAAUAUAACGUGGGAUGAUAUUAGUCCGAAUGCAGACAAUAAGUAUGCUAAUUAUCAGCAUUUAAUAUAUCCUCUGCCUAUGGCAUUAGUUCUACUAGGGAUAAGAUAUACUCUUGAAAGGUAUUGGUUUGCUCCCUGUGGAAAGUCGCUUGGUAUAAAUAGUAGAAGCAAACGAGCUGCACCCAAUGAAAUAUUAGAAAAAGCAUAUCUUAGUAAGAAAACUAAAUAUAAACAGAUUGCGGGAUUGGCUAAACAAUUAGAUUGGUCCGAAAGGCAAGUGGAGAGAUGGCUUCGAUUACGUCGGUCUCAAGAUAAGCCAUCUACUCUUACAAAGUUUUGUGAAAGUUGUUGGAGAUGUUUCUAUUAUGCAUACUCAUUCUUUUACGGCCUUGUUAUUCUAUGGGACAAACCAUGGCUUUGGGAUAUAAAUUAUUGUUAUUAUAAUUAUCCUUAUCAUCCUGUUACCAGUGACGUAUGGUGGUAUUAUAUGAUAUCGAUGGCAUUUUAUUGGGCAUUAAGCUUCUCUCAAUUCUUUGAUGUUAAGAGAAAAGACUUCUGGCAGAUGUUCAUUCAUCACAUAGCUACAAUUUCACUCAUGUGUUUCUCGUGGGUUGGAAACUUAUCGAGGAUUGGUUCUUUGGUAUUGUUAGUGCACGAUUGUGCAGAUAUACUCUUGGAGGCGGCAAAAAUGGCCAAGUAUGCGAAUUAUCAAAAGGUGUGUGAUUGUAUAUUUGCCGUGUUUACAAUUCUGUGGAUUGUAACACGUAUGGGUGUGUAUCCAUUUUGGAUAAUAUAUAGCACAUCUAUAGAGGCUCCUAAGAUAGUGCCGAUGUUCCCUGCAUAUUAUAUCUUUAAUUUCUUGUUAAUUUUACUACUGCUUCUCCACGCGAUUUGGACUUAUUUAAUCCUUAAGAUUGCAUAUAACUCAUUCAAUGCUGGUCAGAUGGAAGGUGAUAUUCGCAGUAAUAGCAGCGACGAAGUAUCUGACACUUCAGUCAAUAAUACUCCCAUAAACAGCACUGCAAAUUACAUUAACAAAACGAAUUCAAGAGCAAAAGCCCACUAACAAACAGCAUGCUAGACGAGUUAUUAUUUUAUGAACAAUUUCCAAGGCAGAGAACUCAUCCGGACAUUUGAGUCAGGUGCUAAUCUCUCUUUCUUUCUCUCUUACAAGUAUAAUCAAAUUCUUCGAUACAGUUUUAAUCUCAUAAUCCAAGACGUUAACAUUAACUAAUCUCAUAUGAAAUUAAAAAUAUAUUUUCUUUUCAUUCCUUUUUUGGCAGUAUUUUUCUGAAAGCUUCAAUGCUUUAUAAAUCUACUUAUAUAAUUUUGUCAAUUGUCUUAUAUUUGUUUAAAAAAAAAAAAAAAAAAAAAAAUUGUAGAGGACAACGAAAAAAAAUGAAAAUGAGAAAUGCAAUCCCCAUUAUUCAUAUUGGGAAUUUAUUUGUCUACUUUGUUAAGAAUUAAUUAAGGAGUGUAUGUUUAUAAUAUACACAUUAUUUUGAACGAAUUUUUUAACGCUUAGUUAAGAUAAGAAUGGACCAAAGCUGCAAGAUGUUCAGUGUUUCUGAACUCCACCUAUUGUCUCCAAGUCUCUAAUACUGCGUUACUAUUGUGAAAAACGUAUUUAUUUAUUUUCAUAUAUUUUUGAGUAUCAGUCAGAAUAAUCAAUAAGUAAGAAUAUAUAUAAUUCAGUAAUAAA